UGCGGGAAUCCAUAUCAAUGCAUGGAUUGCGGGAAGAGCUUCCAUCAGAAAAGUCAGCUUAUGACUCAUGAAAGGAUCCACCGAGGAGAGAAACCCUAUCAAUGCGUGGAGUGUGGGAAGAGCUUCAGUCAGAGCCGUUACCUGAGUUCCCACAGGAGAAGCCACAGAGGGGAGAAACCCUAUCAAUGUACGGAGUGCGGGAAGCGCUUCUGUCGCAAAAGCCGGCUUAUUUCCCAUCAGAGGGUCCACACAGGUGAGAAACCGUAUCAGUGCCUGGAGUGCGGAAAGAGCUUCAGUGAUGCAAGUUACCUCACUUCCCAUAAAAGGAUACACACUGGACAGAAGCCAUACCAAUGUCUGGAGUGCGGGAAGAGUUUUAGCAUCAGUAGUUCCCUUACAUACCAUAAACGGACCCACACGGGGGAAAAGCCAUACAAAUGUACGGACUGUGGAAAGAGCUUUGCCGUAAGCAGUUCCCUUAGUUCUCAUAAAAGGAUCCACACGGGGGAGAAACCGUACCACUGUGUGGAAUGUGGAAAGAGCUUUAGAAAGAGUUGUUCUGUAACUUCCCACAGAAAGAUCCACACAGGAGAAACUAUAUGAGUGCGCGGACUGUGAAAAGAUCUUCAGAGGCCCCAGUUCUGAGGUUAUGAUCCUUGUACAGAAAUCCUCUUUAUUGGCCAAGUGCGAUUGGACACAAAAGGAAUUUGUCUUUUUUCACACAAGGAAAUGUCAUGGAAGUGGAUCGUGGGCUGAAAUGAACUGGUAUGGCUGAAGGAAGGAAAACGAGGAAUUAUCGCCCCGUAUCCCUCUAUCAGGGAGAUGGGCGGUUAAGAAAUUAGAUGGAUGGAUAUAUCUUUCCAUUUCAUUUUAUAAGAUUUAAGAUGGUGGAUGAGAUCAACUGAAAGUUCUUG